AUUUCUGGAAUAUGCUUUAAAAACGAAUUUGUUCUUGAUAUUCCAAUUGAAAUGUAGCAGUCUACAGUCUGUAGCGAUUUUAAGAGUAGAAACAUUAUUUCAAAUUAUUCAUUUUGGAAAUAUAAGGCUUGGCGCAUAUAUAAUUGACUUUACUGAAAGAUAAAUAUCCUUUGAUUUGAGCUGAAACCCAGAGGAAAAGCCUUCAGUGUUUGCAGCACUGCAGGGUACGGUAGUGUUAAAGGAAGCUGAGCGUCUAGAAAGUUACGUAUCAGAUAUUUCACUUCAAAUCUGUCACAGAUAACAGCUCAGGGUUAAAUAACAGUUAAGCCAGUAUGUGUGACAUCUCUGUUAACUGAUUCUCACUGGGUGGAAACGUUUUGUCCUCAAGGACGGAAAAGCUCAGGUUUUACCCCGUACAUCCUGAGUGUCCUCACUGUCACUGAACUGUUUGGCUAAACGUUGGUCCUCUACAUAAAUGACUAUUAUUAGUGUAUGUUAGAAUAAAAUAACAAGAGGUGCACAUUCUUCCUGGUAAAAAAAAUUAACUGAUAAAAUCUUUUCUCUUUUCUUUUGCUUGAACAUGCACAUGCUUGUCAUAGCUGUAGUGUCGUCAUGUGCAGCCAGAACAAAUUCUUAAUGUCGCCUUUAGUUUGUUUGACAUGUUCACAGUUUUCAUUUCAGCGCAGUUAAAAAAACGUGAAACGACCAUUUAGUGUUGAUACAGAAACCCAGCAGAUAAUGCCAUACUUUAACACUGAUCUGCAGGUUUGGAUGAAGGUGUAAAUGUUCACUGUGAAGGAUUAUGAACAAAAGAUCAAGCGUCUCAUUCAGCUAUUUGAGUGGGUGAUGGACAUUCCACCACCUCAGAGUUAAUCACCUUUACAAAGCAGAGAAUUUCUCUGUGGUUGCUUGUGUUUACAUUGACGCUGCUGAAUCAGGUUGAUCCGUAUUUUUAAUCACAGUGUAGCAGGGAAUUUGGCACCGCCGUGCCUUCCUGUGAGACUGUCAUUCAACCCAUGUCCCUCAGGCCUUUUUCAUCUGAAUCCGUGACAGGUUCAACAGACAAUUACAUUUACUUGAGAAAGAACAGUUUAUCGUUUCCAUUUCCUGGUAAGUGCUCACAUUGUUUUCUGUGUAACGCCGCCUGCGUUCUUUUCGCAUUACUGUGAUGCCAAAGUUUAACCUUCACCAGUGUUGGUGGGACCGUCUGUCUGUGAAUUUUCAUUGAAAGCCUCCAUGUGACACAGAUGCACAGAUUCAUUUCAGAUGUCCACAGUUAACCUACACGGGGAGCAUGGUGACGGUGGGGCAUCAUUCUAAAGAGGAGACUUUCACACACAGCUUUUCCAUGGAAAGGAGCGUAUCUGAAGCUGAGGAGCAAGUGACAGCAAAAAAAAACAAUUCAGUUUUUUUCGGGGGCAGGUGAGGAGCUGUGGCAUGUGUCAGACUGGUUUGCCCACAUUGAUGAGUGACAUAUCUUUACUAUCGCACCACACCCAACCCCUCUAUAAAGUAGCGCCCAAAAGAUAAGAGAUGCACAAAGGACCCGAACCACCGGCGGAGCCGUGCAUCCUCUUCUUGCCGUCAAACCUUCCUCUCAGCGCUGCCAUGAGCAUAAAGGUGAAGCCCAACAACCAAGCGAGGCCGUAUGCAGCCUCCAGGAAUUUCAGCAGCAUGUCCAUGGGAUCCCUCUCCAGACCAAGGACCAGCAGUGGGAUCAACCAGGGGGGCCCCAUUACAUCUGUCACCAUCAACAAGGACCUGCUCACCCCACUGAAGAUAGAGAUCGACCCCUCCAUCCAAACUGUUCGCACCCAGGAAAAGGAGCAGAUAAAGUCUUUGAACAACCGCUUCAUAUCCUUCAUUGAACAGGUCAGAUCCCUGGAACAGCAAAACCAAAUGUUGGAAACCAAAUGGAAGCUGCUUCAGGGUCAGACUGCUGCUGACUCCACCAUUGAGCCCAUGAUGAAGUUGUACAUCGCCAACCUGCAGAAACAACUGCAGGGCAUCAGUAACGAGGGGAGUAAACUGGAUGCGGAGCAGAAAGCCAUGCAUAACAUGGUGGACGAGUACAAGACAAAGUAUGAGCAAGAACUUAACCGGAGGAAUGAUUUGGAGAAUGAGUUUGUCGUGCUCAAGAAGGAUGUGGAUGCAAGCUAUUUGUCCAAGGUGGAUCUAGAAGAAAUGAUGUCUGCUCUCAGUGAUGAAGUGGAGUUCCUCAAGCGUCUGUACAAUGAGGAGCUCCGUGAGCUGCAGGAGAGCAUGAAGGAGACGUCUGUGGUGCUGCAGAUGGACAACUCCCGCGACCUGGCCAUGGAUCAAAUCAUAGAUUGUAUUAAGGCCCAGUAUGAGGAAAUUGCUGCCCAGAGCCGCCAAGAAGCUGAGAGUUGGUACAAGAACAAGUUCGACCAGAUGACGGUUACGGCUGAACAGCACAACCGUGAGCUGCGCAGCACCAAGGCGCAGGUUAAUGAGCUCAGACGGAGGAUCAAGAUGCUUCAGGGCGAGAUCUCUACUGCCAAGGCGCAGUGCACCAACCUCCAGCAGCAGAUAGAUGGUGCAGAGGCGAGUGGGGAGCUGGCGGUGAAGGAUGGGAAGGCCCGCAUCAGGGACCUGGAGGUGGCCCAGCAGGAGGCCAAGCAGACCAUGACCCGCCAAGUCCGGCAGUACCACGAUUUGAUGAACGUGAAGAUGGCCCUGGACAUAGAGAUCUCCACCUACAGUGAACUGCUGCUGGGGGAGGAGGGAAGAAUUGGACAGGACUCUGUCGUCAGCGUUCGAACAGUCCCCACGACGUCAUCAGCGGUCGUUCAGGUCGACAGCGGCAGUCAGCGAAAGCUUAACGCGGUCGUCAUCAAGACGGUGGAGACGCAGAACAGAUCCUACAACUGAAGAAGGAAACGCUGCACUUCUCAGGUUUAUUUACAGUGCAGACUGUGUUAAAAUGAAAACAACUGCACCGAAGCUGUGAGGAUUUUACUCCAGGUUUUGUCUAAUUACACUUACCUGUAUGAUGUCAUGUGUUUUUGUCUAAAAAAACAACAACCAGUGAUUUGAUAAAAUACAAAAUAUUAAACUUUUUGUCUUCGCUGUGA